GGUAAAUGUUCCUCCUGUCAGCUGGUUAUUUUUUCUCCUAUUUUCUCUUUUCUCCCCCUUUUUUCUUAUAAAUCCAGGGCAUUUGUUAUUCACGUCCUGAUCGUUUAAAAAAGUGAACGGGGCAAAUCCCCCUCUAUUUUUCUGUUAGAAAAAGGCCUACAAUGAUAAAUAGCUUAGAUAAAAAAUCUGUCCAGCUACUAGCUACCCAAGCUGCCUGGAUCUACUAUAAAAUGACAGAGAAAAGGAAAAGAAUAAAGCAUUCUUUUUUCUAUUUUGAAAUCAAGAAAGUAAAACUUUAUUUUAAAAAUAUACAGGCGGGGGCGAGUAAAUGAUAGGGGAGGCCGUAGUGUUUUUGUAAUUUCAAUCUUGGGAAAAAGGGUUGUGUGUAAAAAAAGUUUUUUAUUGCAAAGAUCAGU